ACACUCUUUUCCUCCUUUCCCCUAACCUAUACAUACACCCAUACAUAUUCCCCCCCCUCUCCCUCCCUCUCUCUCUCUCUUAAAAAAACCCUUGCCAGAGGCGGCGCAGCUCGUUUCCUAUGCACCCCCCCUGACUCUCUCUCUCUCUCUCUCUCUCUCUCACCAUGCCGACCUUCACCAGAAUCGCGUGGGAGACCCUGCUCGAGCCCACCGUCCACAAAAACCCCUCGGACUCGCCGCCCCGCGCCACCGCCAGACCUUCUUCCCUUACCGACGACGGUAGCAAUCAUAAGAGAGCUCAAGCUCCGAAUCACAUAUACAUAUCUCCCGCUCUGUACAUAACCCCGGCUCCGGCUCCGAUCCCGGACUCCUCGUACGAUCCGGUCUCCCCGUCUCCGUACGUCGUUAACCACAAGCGGCGCGGGAGAGACGCCGUCGUUAGGGCUCGAGACGACGAGAAGAAUCUGAAUUUGAAUUCGAAUUUGGAUGUGGAUUUGAGUUCGAGUGGUGAUUGUGGCGAGGUGGUUGUUGGGGAAGUGGUGGAGGAGAAUUUGUUUGGUGAGGAGUUUGUUGGUGGGGAGGGAGAUGAUCUAAAUGGAGGUUGUGAUGAGGUUGUAGACGAUGAUUUUUUGGAUCCUCGUUGCGAGGCCGCGAGUGUCGGGAGCACGACGGAGGUGGUGGAGGAGUGUGGGAGGCAGGUAGCUGAGUGUCGGAGCGUUGUGUCGAAUCAGGGAGAAUUCUUUGAUGCCGACGAAGAAUUCUCCUCUGAUGGAUCUAUUUCAAAUUUGUCCUCCACAUAUGGACCAAAAAUUGAGUCAGAGCUACGUGCAGCAAGGCUCAGUCUUCUUGAGGAGAUUGAAAGACGAAAGACUGCUGAGCAUGCUGUUACUCAGAUGUACAGUCAGUGGCAGAGGCUAGCCAGUCUUCUAUCCCAAACAGGGCUAACAUUUCCCAGUCCCCCAAAUGCCACUAGUACGCAGCUGGAGAUAGAUGUUCUAGAGCAGUGCUGCCAGGAACUAGAAGUUACUAGAUUUGUGGCUGAAGCAAUAGGAAGGGGUCAAGCACGUGCUGAAGCUGAAAUAGCUGCAGAGUUAAUCAUUGAAUCCAAAGACCAAGAAAUCUCCCGAUUGCGAGACAAAUUGCAGUACUAUGAGGCCGUUAACCAUGAAAUGUCCCAGAGGAACCAAGAAGUUAUGGAGGUUGCACGGAGGCAGCGACAAAAGAGACAGAAUCGGCGAAAGUGGAUAUGGGGCUGUAUUGGACUGUCAGUGGCAAUGGGAACUUCUGUUAUUGCUUAUUCAUACCUUCCAAAUACAAGCACGCACAAUGCCUUGCCAACCUCCAGCGGUUCAUCUGAUGAUUCUCACAUCAAUCCGGCAGAAUCAGAUUUAAGCAACAAGUGAUAAUCAAUGAAUCCAUUUCAUCCAAGUGCUCAUUUUUUCCCACCUCAUCAAGAGGGUCUUGUAGAUCUUACUGAUCAGAACUUGAAGCAGUGGCCUCGUCUGCUUCUUUCACAAUUUUGUUACUGUUGCUUUCAUCUUGGAAAUGGAUAUGACAUUUUUAUAUUCUCGAGAUGGAGAUCCCUCGAGGUUAUUGCGUACUAUUCGGCAGAGAAAUGUCCAUGUUGCCGGUAUGUUUUUUUCAUUGUCGACUUUUUUUUUUAGAUGGAGAUCCCUUGAGGUUAUUGCAUACUAUUCAGUAGAGAAAUGUCUAUGUUGCCGGUAUGUUUUUUUCACUGUCGAGUUUGUUUUUUU